UAUUCUCUCUCUUUCUUCCCACUAGAUCGGGACACCUCAGAGGACAUAGCAGGCGAGUAGAAAGGCCAAGAACGAACAAAAUACCCGUGGCAUACAGGUUUUCACACCGAGUCAUCAAUACUUGGAAACUGCUGCCUGAAGCAGUGGUGUCCGCACCUUCAAUUGACUCUUUCAAGAGAAGCCUGGACACUCACAGAAGCAUACUAGAAAAGGUAUAACAAAGGCCGUAGGCCUUCUGUCCUUACUACACAAAUGUGAAUCUGAAUCGGAAUCUAUAAAGUGAUAUCGUAGAGCGCUUGCUGUAAACUAUGACCUUGAGAGGACGCGUACGUCAAGUUUGUUCCAAACUUCAGAAGUUUCAUAGCUGUGAUCUCAGAGCAAGAUUCUGAAGAAGAAAAAAGAGAAACAGAAGAACAGCAAGGCACUUGGAUAUGAACGCCAAACGUUGCUUAACAUUGUGUAGUAGAACGGGCAGAGGAUGAAGUGAAGUCAGAGGCUCCAUAUUAGAGAAUGUACUAAUGAAGAACAAUGAGUUGUGUCGUUUAACAAGUUGGAGUAAGCUCACAUGAAGGAAGGGAAGUCAAGGUUGGUACAAGGGAAGCGGUUUAUUAGGAGGGUGUGUAUAUAGAGGGUGAAGUGUUAAGAAUACUAAUGACUAUAUAUUUUGUUAUCUAAUUUUUUUUAUUUUUUCGUCUGUCCGAUGCCAGCUACACAAUCCUAGUGUGAAAGUUCGAGUUAGCAUGUUAUAGGUUGUCUUAGUAGAAUGGCUAAUCCAGCAUAAUAUUGGAAACAUGAGUCUGAGUGGUGAGCGUAGGAAGACAAUUUAUAUCACAGAUUGACUGACUUAUUCUCAAUCAUGAGGAGCCUGAUACAUACAAAAUGUUCUGUCCCCACAAACACGGGUGGAUUGAAGUUAUCGCCCUCACCAUCAAUGCUUGCUGGUCAGUAACUCCACCCUCCCUCCUUUUGUAAUGUUAGGCUCAUUUAGGCUUAUUUUUGUAUAUACGUCAUACCUCACACAAUCCUCUGUUUCACAACCUGUUGGAAAGCACUAUUUCUAUUAGUACCAUUUUACAAGCUUAUCAGGCAGUUACAAGCUAUGGACUGUGGGUAAAGCAUCGAUGCAGUGCCUCUGUUGACUAUAGUAUAAAGUAUAGUUUGCCAAUCAGAGUAUAAGCGUUAAGAAGGGUAUAUUGUAGGAUAGUUGUUGUAAAGAAGGAUUUUAGAUUCAUUUUGAUAGAAAUUACGGAGAAUAAAGCCAAGGGAUUUCCGCAUUUUGGAUGCUUUGGCUGAGAUGUGUUCAGAGAUAUUAAGACUGUGUGAGUAAUGUACCCCUAGGUCAGUUACUGAUGCCAGUCUGGGCAGUGUGUGAUUGCUAAGUGUUUCAUUUUAAGAGAUGUGUCUCCUAUACAUAACCAGCCUCAUUUCUCUGUGUUGAACUCUAACCUCCAGCGUUUGCACCAGUUGUCUACCAUGUUGAGUUCAUGUUGGAUUGUUUGCAUAGUACUGCGUAAAUCGCAAAUGUCAGUUUUAUAGAUGACUUUUAAGUCAUCGGCAUAGAGGUAGGUCUUACCUGUGCUAAAACACUUGCAUAUAUUGUUGAUGUAGAUUAUAAAGAGCAAUGGACCCAAGACACUACCCUGCACAACACCACUGGUUAUUGGUCGAGGUGUAGAUGUUUUAGAGUUAAUGUUAUUUAUUUGAUAUCUGUUCGUAAGGAAAGACUUGAUCCAUUGCAAAAGGGGAUUUAUAAUUGCAACUGACUUAAGUCUGUUGAUUAGAAGAUUAUGAAGUACUUUAUCAAAGGGUUUCUUAAUAUCGAGGUAUAGUAUGAUAACUAGUUUCUUCUGGUCACGUAUACGAGUAACCUCGUUAAAGAAGUCUAUCAGGCAUGUACUGCACGACCUUGUUCUAAUGAAGCCGUGUUGUGACGGGUCUAUUAGAUGUUCCUUGAGUAGGUGAUCAGAUAGUUGAUUUUGUAUCACUUUUUCCAUUAUGCGUGAUAUGACUGGAGUGAUAUUUAUAGGUCUGUAGUUUUCAACCAGGUUUCUCGGUCCGGAUUUGUGUUUGGGAAGAACAUACGUUACCUUCCAGGUUUCCGGAUAUGUACCUGUCUCUAAAGAUAAUGUGUAUAUUUUGAGUAGUAGCGUCUGUAUGUCCGGUCCUGACAUUUUAUAAACGAUUGAAGGGAUGUCAUCGGCACCAGAACUCGCAUUUGGCUUAAGGGUUUUAAUGGCGGUAUGUAUACUCCUAAUGCCGAAGUUUAUGGUACUAAGAUAGUUUUUGCCGGUGCACUUUAUGUCGAUAUCUGGAGCAUCAGAUGUAUUCCGAUUGUGAGGAAACCAUUCACUUAAUAGUUCACAUAUGACGGUUUGGUCAUUAUACGUUACUCCAUCGUGCAGUAAGGAGUGAAUGUUGUGGUCUGUGUUCUUUCUUAUGCGUUUCGUGAGGAGACGACAUAGGGCUUGGGCUUUAGAUGCAGCAGCGAGCGCAGUACGUUCCUCUACCUGUUUAUGCUUGUUGUGUUGACUUUGUACUCCGUCAAGUACAGAGUAUAUCUGGUGCAGGGCAUUGAAGUCUUUUGAUAUUUAGUACAUCCUUAUCGGUUUUCGUAGUUUAGACCUAGUCUUUUAGUUUACAUAGGGAGUAAUUGUUUUAAAACCAAUUUUAGAGGGUAUAGUAGUGUCUAGUGCAGAUUUGGUGGUGAUAUUGAAUAUUUCUAAUGUUUCUAAGAGGUUAUUACUGGUAAAGAAACUGCCCCAGUCAGAGUGCUUUAUUAGAAAUCGAAAGUUUUCGCAGUCAGCGUUUGCAUAGUCUCUAUAUUGGAAUCGCGUGUUUAAUGUCUUUAAUUUGUUGCAUAUGGCAAGAAUCGGAAGGGUGCAGAGGACUAUUUUAUGAUCGCUGUUGUGAAACUUUUCGCCAACCACCAUUGAUGUUGGUGUGACAUUAUGACAGAAUAUCAAGUCAAGAAUGUUGUGAUUUCGUGUAGGCAGGUGUACAUGUUGUUGCCAGCCGUGUAUGUCUAAGGACCUAAGUAUGCUUUCAAAGCACAAUGGGCCAGAAUGUGUUUUCCAGUUGAUGGUGGGAAGGUUGAAAUCACCACAUACAAUUUUGUAAGUGAAGUCAAGCGAGGCAGGCUGAGCAAAUGACUCACUUAUAAUAGUGUCAGUUGAACUAGGAGUGUUUGGAGCUCGAUAUAUGCAUCCGAUUAGUAUUUUACAUUCAUGAGUGUGCACAGUAAGCCGUAUCGAUUCAGGAAGUUUGCUGAGGACGUGGUCGCUAUAGAUUUCCGCUCUCAAAUUUUUUGAUACAUAAACGAGACAACCACCACCCUUCUUGGUGACUCGAUCACAGCGGAAGAGCUCAUAGGUGUCUAUUUGUAGAUAUGUGUCUGUGGUAUCGGAGGACAGGCAACUUUCCGUUAUCAAAACAAGUGAGGGGUUGUUUAGAAGUAAUAGGGUGCGUAGGUAAGUCAUCUUACAGGGCGGGUUUAUUGCGCAGCCGUUCGCUCCGUUAUAGUUUGUGGAUGUGAAGCGUGGCCAUUAAGAGUAAAGGAUAUUAGUGGGUCACUGGCAUUUGGUUAUAGGUGUCUACGAAGCAUUGUCCGUGUAUUUUGCUUUGCAACCACGGAGUAAGCAAUGUCUGGGUUAAGAAUAGAGUGCCAGGUGAGGAUAGGGAACCGACUGGUGAGGUAGUAAGUCCUCAUCAACUGAGGUGGUUGGGAUGUGUUACGUAUACCCAGCCACCGUUUACCUCGACGAGUGAUGUUUUCUGGUGCAGCAGUUGCUAGCUAGAAGAAAGAUAGGGGCGACCGAGCCAAAACAUGGCAUCAGUACGUGAUGUUACUGACAAUUGGACUUAGCCAUGUUAGCAAGUAUAGAUUACCUGGUUGUGGUCCGCGUGAUUAUCGUAACCAAUGGUCAGACUUUGAAUGACAUGGCUCAAAAUUGUUUGGAAUGGCGCAUGUGCAUCUAUUUUUUGUCUUCCCCGACAUAAUGAAACUCUACAUUCCUCAUAACAUAUUUUUGUUUAUAUUGCGCUUAUUUAGAUUUUCUUUUUAGGUCGUCUGUUCGACGCUUAGUUUUUUCUAUUCCCACUGUUACUGUUACUGCCUGUACUAUCAUGAGAUUUGGCCUGACAAAUUUAUCUCUGUGUUAAUGAGGUAUGACAACUUGAACAGAUGCACAUACGUACAGGUUCUACAUUUAUGACUGACUGGUAUUCUCAGAAACCUACCACUCUUCAGAUUUUAACAGGUUGGUUCACAAUCUGAUGUUUUGUCGUUGAAGCUCUGCCUACUAUCAUGUUUUAUAAACACUCAUCACAAUACAUUUACCGACAUGUAACAACUGAACAAUUAUUUAGCAUUACUUAUUGAAGAUUUAGUCAACUGACACGACGACCAGUUCAUUAUUUCGGCUUUCUGAUAAUCUUCGCUCUCAACCUCACAUAUGUCUGCUUGCGUUUCGCUGGACGCAGAAAAGCCGCACAAAAAGGACCCAUUAGAACUGAAUUGAGUAACGAGAAAACCAAAAGUAGGUUCCAGGAACAACUGAGGUCACACUUAGGUAGUUCGGAAAACGAGGCUGACCCAGAUGUUGCUUGGAAAGAUAUACAAGCAGCUGUGGAAAUAGCAGUGACAUCUAUUAGUGAUUUAGGCCACAGGGUUACAAAGAACCAAUGGAUUCCUUUCAAGGUCUAUUGCACUGAUGGAUUCUCGUAAACUCAUCCCAUCGGGUUCUGAACACGAUGAAGAGCGAAAACAAAUCAGAUCUAGGUUAAGCAAAAGUCUAAGGAACGACCGUGAGCAGUGGUGGGCAACGAAAGCAAAAGAGAUGGAAAAGGCGGCGGCUAUAUGGAACACAAGACAGCUUUACAGAUUAAUAAAAGAAACUGGAAUUACUAAGUCAAAUGUAAGUGAGAAUAUCUCGGAAAAAGACGACACUCAUCUGCUCCCAGUCCAGACGUUUAGAAAGAUCGGCGAAACACAUUAAAAAGCAGUUCAGCUGGUCUCCAGCUACUCUACAACUACCCAUCAUUCCCAGACAGUGUGAAUGGAACAUUGAAGUAGGUCCCCCAACUCUAGCAUAAGUUCAAAAGGCUAUAGCUAGUCUGAAACGAGGAAUGGCAGUUGGUCCAGAUGGAUUGGCUCUAGAGGUCUUUAAGGAUGGUGGACCAAUCUUAGCGAUUAGGUGGACUAAUAUUUUGGCUAAGAUCUGGGAGUUAGACGUUAUUCCAUCUGACUGGUCACAAUCACUUAUCGUCACAAUAUAUAAGGUAGGGUUAAAAUCAUCCUGUGACAACCAUAGAGGGAUUAGUUUAACUAAUAUAGUAUCUAAAGUACUAGCCUCGAUAAUUAUUGGACGCCCAACUAAGACUCGUGAACUGCAGACACGAGAAAAUCAGUCUGUCUUCAGACCUGGUCAUGGAUGCAUAGACCACAUAUUCACCAUUCGUCAGGUUCUAGAACACAGGCAUACUUAUCGGCGUCCGACAAUGGUGGUCUUUCUUGACUUAAAAGCAGCAGUUGACUCCGUAGACCGCGACAUUCUGUGGCAGUGCCUGUCAUUGAAAGGCGUACCUCAGAAGUACGUAAACCUUGUGAGGGCUCUUUACCCGAACACCACUAGUCGAGUCAGAGCUGAUGGCGACUUGUCAUCUGGUUUUGCGUCCGUCAAGGCUGCCCACUUUCUCCAUUUUUGUUUAACUUCAUCACAGACCUACUGAUGGAAAGAACAUUCACGUCGACUGAAUUCUCGGGUAUUGAUCUCCUUCCAGGAGGUCCACUUGUCGACUUGGAAUACGCAGACAACAUAGUCCUGUUUGGUGAAGACACUGAUAAAAUGAAGAGUCUUCUGGUGGCACUAAGCAACUAUACCAGAAUGUUUAGAAUGAGCUUCUCUCGUUUUGCUUUUGCUAACUUACGUCAUCUAUGGUGAAGGCGAGAUAUCCGUCUAUCAAUAAAAGGACAAGUGUACUGCGUGGCAGUUCGUUCUGCUCUAUUUUACGGCCACGAAACAUGGCCAUUAAGAGUAGAAGACACUCGUAAGCUACUAGUGUUUGACCACAGAUGUCUUGCCCUCAAAUGCCCUGGUAUGGCCGAGAGUGGGGUGGGGCCGCCCCCUCUCGAAACGCUCUCACAUGGCCACGCGUAUACAGCCUCUGCCAGGGAAGUCCUACUCACUGCCUUCUCGUGACAGGGGUGUUGUUUGCGAAAAUGAGAGGACGAAAAGCGAAUGUCCGGCGCUGUAACCGGACCCCAAACCAAAUCAAUGUUGCACAUGGGCUCCAGUAUCCUGCGGGAACAAAUGGCGUAUGAACCAAUCGUUGGCCACCGGCUACCAUGGGACUGGAUCUCCUCACGAUGCUCCACUGCCUUGUGGGUUAGACCUUUAGGUCAAAGGCUUGGGGUGUGGCCCCUAAGAAAACCACCUGCUUCGGUUUGGGCACCCGGGCAGUAUCCCAGCCCUCACACAAGUCGAAUGAUUUGUGUGGCGCAUAUCUACUUGGUGCCUCCUUGUACUAAUGUUUAUAUGUUUAAAUAAAUAAAUAAAUAAGUAAACAGAUGUCUUAGAAAUAUUGCUUGCAUCUGCUGGUAUCACCGGGUAAGUAACAGUGAGGUUAGAUAGGGUAUGGUAAAUCAGUUGAUGAGGUUGUGAGUCUUCAUCGACUGAGAUGGUUGGGCUACGUGUUGAGUGUGCCUGAACACCGAUUACCACGACGUGCAAUGCUAACGGGUGUUGGGGAUGGUUGGAAGAAAGUUAGGGGUGGCCAAACCAAAACGUGGCAUUAGUGCUUGAAGACACUAACAUCUGGUCUGAGCCAUGUUGGUAGAUGCAGACUACUCAGUUAGGGUCCACGUGACUAUCGUAACCAAUGGUUGUAGACUCUUGGUGAGAUGGCUCAGAAUCGAUCACAGUGGCGUCGGUGUAUACACUGUCUGUCUUCCCUUAAACUAAGAGAUUAAAAUCGCUUCAUAUCUUCCUUUCUAUGUACUAAAUCUUUCUUCCUGUACUAUAUCCUUAUAUGCAAUCUUUCAUAUAUUACCACUAUUGACUUAACUACUCCUAUGAAUCCGGUGUUCAUCUUGCUGUGCUAAUGCGGUAUGGCAACUUGGAUUGAUGCAUAUAUGUGCCUGGUCCUACGUUGUAG